AUGAUAUAUGAGAACAGAUAUUGUGGUUUAGCAGCUGUUAUAAAGGCAAUAAGUUCAUCUGAACGUGUAAACCAUGAAUUCAGAUUCUGCAAACUCCAGAGACUGAGAUGGGCAGGCCACUUGGAUGUCAACGCCGGAGACAAGGGUACCAAAGACCAUGACUCAGUGGACGUCGCCUCAGUAGAAAACGCCAAGAGACAGGCCCAGGAAGAGAUGGAAUGA